CGGAGCGAAGCGAAACGGGACGUUACUACCGAAAGCGCGCGCACACACAGGCACGGGUGUCAUCCCAUGCACCGAACACUCAACUCACUUCCUCGACGUCUAUCACAACACAUCUUGCGGACCCUCUUCUCCGUCACAUCCACGGCUUUAUGGCCGCUACGCUUCUCACGAUGAGCGCUGCGCUCGCACCGGGACAAGAUGACUUUCUCUCGCUUCUCAAACCCUCGCUAUCCGACGGCUUUCAGGAGGACUCCUCUCUGUUUUCCUUUGAAACCAAGAAUCCCGACACGGAAAGGAGCUUAUCGAACGACUAUUCUCAGGCUAAACUAGAGAUGGAUAAAUAUCUCUCUCCACAACCCGUGGUUCUCCCCGACCCAAAGAAGUCGAGGCGAGAGAGCGUCUCCGCAAUGGACCACUUUUUCGGGGACGACCACGGUUCCCCCUACAGCAUCAACAUGAACGUCUUCCUCCCCGACAUCGCUUAUCUAAGAACGGGGAUGUGCCGGCCAGCGAGGCCUUCGGUCCCCAGCCAGAUCAAAACCGAACCUGUAGCGGCGCCUUUCUCUCAUCCCGAGUGUCCUGCGAGCUCGACCGGCCCCGUUUCGUCCACGCUGCCCGAUUUCACCAGCAUCUUCAACACCAAUUCUGCCUCGGCUUCUGAAAUCAACGCCAUGGACGAUAACUCGGGGGUCUUCGUCAAGCAGGAGAUGCAAGGCUUUGACAUCCCGCAGGACGGGCCGCUCUUCCAGCUCCUCAGCUCGGAGCUGGACGUCCCGCAUCAAGCCGGCUCGCACUCUCAUGCUCACUCGCAGAUGCCUACUUUCCACGACCUGCACUUAGCCACCCAACAGACUGCUGCCAAGACGUACUGUGGCAUGUCCGGCUACCCUCUCGGCCCGGGCCACUUUGUGCAUCCUCAGGGUCAGCCCCACUCGCAGCUCAAAAUGUCCUAUCUCCCCCCCUCGCCUCCCACUUCAGAACCCGGCAGUCCUGACCGACAGAAGGAACUGCUUCACAAUCUGACACCGCCACCAUCUUACGCCGCCACUAUCGCUUCCAAAAUGGCCGUCCAUGCGCCCAGUCACCCAACACCCACCUCGACGCGAGCUCCCGUCACCACCGGGUCAAUGCCUGUCCGUUACAACCGAAGAACGAACCCGGACCUCGAGAAAAGACGGAUACACCACUGUGACUUUCCAGGUUGUAAGAAAGUUUACACCAAGUCGUCCCACCUGAAAGCUCACUUGAGGACACACACUGGUGAGAAGCCGUAUAGGUGCACGUGGGAGGGCUGCGAUUGGCGGUUUGCUCGUUCUGAUGAGCUGACACGUCACUUCAGGAAACACACGGGAGCCAAACCCUUCCAGUGCGCCGUGUGCAGCCGCAGCUUCUCUCGCUCCGAUCAUCUCGCCCUGCAUAUGAAGAGGCACCAGAAUUAGACGCUAAAACUCACUAUUACCAUUAUUAUGCACUUGAAGUGAUAACAAAAACGACGUAUUUCUUUCUCUAAACCGCGACGAACCUUAUAACGUUUAGGGUAAUCUUCUCUCUCUGACCUGUUCGAGAGCUGUAAACUGAAAAGCUUUUGAUUUUUUACCACGUUUCCUUUUCCCUCUCUCUUUAGGAUGUAUAGAUCACAUUUCUGUUAGGACCCUCGUCUAAUUUGACAUUCUCUUUAAUACAGAUGAGCUGUGUUCGUGACACUCGGCUCUCGAAUUCGUUCGACGGAUUCGUUCUUGUGCAUCCCGCAAAGCGCUGAGAAACAACUCCCAUUUUACUUUGCACUUGAAUUAGACUGGAAAGGAGGAAUAUCUGUGUAUGAUAAAUGCUUUUAAGAUAUAUCACUGGAAUAGUUACUGCUCAUACCGGGGUUUCAGGUACACAAGCGAUUCCCUCUCUUUAGUUGCUGAAGUAUUUAUAGCUUUGGAUGAUAAUGUGCUGCUACUGAACAGCAAUUAUUCGAUGAAUUAUUAAACGACGGUAUAGAAAAGCAAUGAGAAGUGGAAAAGGGCUUUAGACAGCUGUGUGAUUUGUACAGUCUCCUUUAUACACACAGAAGCAUGCAGACCAUUUGUUUUCCUACUGUCAUUGACGCAUAAGCUCAUAUGAAUGUACGAGACCACGGUGACUGUUCUUUUGAACACAUUUCAUCUUAAAGUGCCUUUUCGUGUUUGUUUUUAUCAGCAGCACAUGCUUAAAACGUCUUGUUCAUGAAAAGACAGACAAUACAAAUUCAGCAGGUUACCAUUAUUUCAAUAUUACCGCCUUUCACACGUUUAAGAGAGGGUUAAAGCAUCAACUGGUUCUUUCUUGUAAAAUCGAUGUAUUUAUUGCAUUGGCUUUGUGAAGUGGAAUUUGACAAGUUUUGUGUAAUUGAAAUGCCUUAAUGUAAAUACUAUGACAUUUUAUUGUACUGUAAAUAUUUUGAUUAAUUUUGUUGCCUUAUUCUUUUUUUUUCCCCUUCCUUUUAUCGGAAAAGGAUCAUACUGCUCGGAAUUUGGCUGUGUGACUAUUUUUUUGUUUUUUUUGAAUUUUCUUUUUUUUGUUUUUUUUUAUAUUUCACUUAUUUUGUAGAGUCUCAGAUUAUAUUUCUAAAUUGGUUGUCCUCUUGACAAAAUGUUUUUUGCCUACUGAUUGAAAUGAAACCUAAUAAAAUCAACUUUAUAAUUUGUAAUGCUUUUUA